CCAUCGAGCGCAGGGCCCAGAGUGGCCGUGGGGCGGGAAGCUGAAAGUGUCGCUCUGUACCUGCCCCUGCCCUGCUCUGCGGCUCCUAGCCCCGCGUCUGCCCCGCAGCGCCGCGCAGCCCGCAGGCCAGGUGAAGGAGGAGCAGGGGCCUUCCAGCCGCCACCAUGGUUGCCCUGUCACUGAAGAUCAGCAUCGGCAAUGUGGUCAAGACCAUGCAAUUUGAGCCCUCCACCAUGGUGUAUGAUGCCUGCCGAAUGAUCCGCGAGCGUGUGCCGGAGGCACAGAUGGGACAGCCCAGUGACUUCGGGCUGUUCCUCUCGGAUGAGGACCCAAAGAAAGGCAUCUGGCUGGAGGCUGGGAAGGCACUGGACUACUACAUGCUGCGCAACGGGGACACCAUGGAGUACAAGAAGAAGCAGCGGCCCCUAAAGAUCCGCAUGCUGGAUGGCACUGUGAAGACUGUCAUGGUGGAUGACUCCAAGACCGUCACCGACAUGCUCAUGACCAUCUGUGCCAGGAUUGGCAUCACUAACUACGAUGAGUAUUCGCUGGUGCGGGACAUCAUGGAGGAGAAGAAGGAGGAGAUCACCGGCACCCUCAAGAAGGACAAGACCCUACUGCGUGAUGAGAAGAAGAUGGAGAAGCUCAAGCAGAAGCUGCACACGGAUGACGAGCUGAACUGGCUGGACCAUGGGCGCACGCUGAGGGAGCAGGGCGUCGAUGACAGCGAGACUCUGCUGCUUCGACGCAAGUUCUUUUACUCAGACCAGAAUGUGGACUCCCGCGACCCCGUGCAGCUCAACCUGCUCUAUGUGCAGGCCCGAGACGACAUCCUUAACGGCUCACACCCCGUCUCCUUCGACAAGGCCUGCGAGUUCGCCGGGUACCAGUGCCAGAUCCAGUUUGGGUCCCACAACGAGCAGAAGCACAAGCCGGGUUUCCUGGACCUGAAGGACUUCCUGCCCAAGGAGUACAUCAAGCAGAAGGGAGAGCGCAAGAUCUUCAUGGCCCACAAGAACUGCAACAGCAUGAGUGAGAUUGAGGCUAAAGUGCGUUAUGUGAAACUCGCCCGGUCCCUGAAAACCUAUGGGGUCUCCUUCUUCCUGGUCAAGGAGAAAAUGAAGGGGAAGAACAAGCUGGUGCCACGGCUGCUGGGCAUCACCAAAGAGUGUGUGAUGCGGGUGGACGAGAAGACCAAGGAGGUGAUUCAGGAGUGGAACCUCACCAACAUCAAGCGCUGGGCUGCCUCACCCAAGAGCUUCACCCUGGACUUUGGGGACUACCAGGACGGGUACUACUCAGUGCAGACGACGGAGGGGGAGCAGAUCGCCCAGCUGAUCGCCGGCUACAUUGACAUCAUCCUGAAGAAGAAGAAGAGCAAGGAUCACUUCGGGCUGGAGGGGGAUGAGGAGUCCACCAUGCUGGAAGACUCCGUGUCCCCCAAGAAGUCCACGGUGCUGCAGCAGCAGUUCAACCGCGUGGGCAAGGUGGAGCACGGCUCUGUGGCGUUGCCGGCCGUCAUGCGCUCAGGUGCAGGUGGCCCUGAGAGCUUCCAGGUGGGCACCAUGCCACAGGCCCAGCAGCAGGUCACCAGUGGGCAGAUGCACCGAGGGCACAUGCCCCCCCUGACGUCGGCGCAGCAGGCCCUGACCGGUACCAUCAAUUCUAGCAUGCAGGCGGUGCAUGCGGCACAGGCCACGCUGGAUGACUUUGAGACACUGCCGCCACUCGGGCAGGAUGCUGCCUCCAAAGCCUGGCGCAAGAACAAGAUGGAUGAGUCGAAGCACGAGAUCCACUCGCAGGUGGACGCCAUCACUGCGGGCACUGCCUCCGUGGUGAACCUGACUGCAGGGGACCCAGCUGACACGGAUUACACGGCUGUGGGCUGUGCUGUCACCACCAUCUCCUCCAACCUCACUGAGAUGUCCAAGGGCGUCAAGCUGCUGGCCGCCCUCAUGGAGGACGAGGGUGGGAAUGGGCGGCAGCUCCUGCAAGCAGCCAAAAAUUUGGCAAGCGCCGUCUCGGACCUGCUGAAGACCGCUCAGCCAGCCAGCGUUGAGCCACGCCAGAACCUGCUGCAGGCAGCCGGCAUCGUGGGCCAGACAAGCGGGGAGCUGCUGCAGCAGAUCGGAGAGAGCGACACCGACCCGCGCUUCCAGGACAUGCUAAUGCAGCUGGCGAAGGCAGUGGCCAGUGCCGCGGCUGCGCUCGUCCUGAAGGCCAAAAACGUGGCCCAGAAGACGGAGGACUCGGUAUUGCAGACGCAGGUGAUUGCGGCCGCCACGCAGUGCGCUCUCUCCACCUCCCAGCUUGUGGCCUGCACCAAGGUGGUGGCUCCCACCAUCAGCUCCCCAGUGUGCCAGGAGCAGCUGAUUGAGGCUGGCAAGCUAGUGGCCAAGUCAGCAGAGUGCUGCGUGGAGGCCUCCCAGGCAGCCACCAAUGAUGAGCAACUGCUGAAGCAGGUGGGCAUAGCAGCCACGGCCGUGACCCAGGCCCUGAAUGACCUGCUGCAGCACAUCAAGCAGCACGCCACAGGUGGGCAGCCCAUCGGGCGCUACGACCAGGCCACCGACACCAUCCUCAACGUCACGGAGAACAUCUUUAGCUCCAUGGGUGAUGCAGGGGAGAUGGUGCGCCAGGCCCGCAUCCUGGCCCAGGCCACCUCCGACCUUGUCAAUGCCAUCAAGGCUGAUGCAGAGGGUGAGACUGACCUGGAGAACUCGCGCAAACUGCUGAGCGCUGCCAAGAUCCUGGCCGAUGCCACCGCCAAGAUGGUGGAGGCAGCCAAGGGGGCUGCUGCCCACCCCGACAGCGAGGAGCAGCAGCAACGGCUGCGGGAGGCAGCCGAGGGGCUGCGCAUGGCGACCAAUGCCGCAGCCCAGAAUGCCAUCAAGAAGAAGCUGGUGCACAAGCUGGAGCACGCAGCCAAGCAGGCUGCAGCCUCCGCCACGCAGACCAUUGCCGCCGCGCAGCACGCUGCCUCCUUCAACAAGAACCCGGCUGUGCAGCAGCAGCUGGUGCAGAGCUGCAAGGUGGUUGCAGAUCAGAUCCCGAUGCUGGUGCAGGGGGUGCGAGGGAGCCAGUCACAGCCGGACAGCCCCAGCGCGCAGCUGGCCCUCAUUGCUGCCAGCCAAAAUUUCCUGCAGCCCGGAGGAAAGAUGGUGGCUGCUGCCAAGGCCACUGUUCCCACCAUCACAGACCAGGCCUCCGCCAUGCAGCUCAGCCAGUGCGCCAAGAACCUGGCCGCAGCCCUCGCCGAGCUCCGCACGGCUGCCCAGAAAGCACAGGAGGCCUGCGGGCCCCUGGAGAUCGACUCGGCCCUCAGCCUCGUGCAGAGCCUGGAGCGAGACCUGCAGGAAGCCAAGGCCGCCGCCAGGGACGGCAAGCUCAAGCCUCUGCCUGGGGAGACGAUGGAGAAGUGCGCACAGGACCUGGGGAACAGCACGAAGGCUGUCAGCUCUGCUAUCGCCCACCUGCUAGGAGAGGUGGCCCAGGGCAACGAGAACUACACAGGGAUUGCUGCGCGGGAGGUGGCUCAGGCCCUGCGCUCGCUGAGCCAGGCUGCCCGUGGCGUGGCGGCCACCACGUCGGACCCCCAGGCACAGAGUGCCAUGCUGGAGUGCGCUGGCGACGUCAUGGACAAGGCCAGCAACCUCAUUGAGGAGGUCCGCAAGGCUGUGAGCAAGCCCGGUGACCCCGAGAGCCAGCAGCGCCUGGCCCAGGUCGCCAAGGCUGUGUCCCAGGCCUUGAACCGCUGCGUGAACUGCCUCCCGGGGCAGCGUGAUGUGGACGCCGCCAUCCGCACCGUGAGCGAGGCCAGCAAGAGGCUGCUGGCCGAGUCAUUCCCCCCCAGCAGCAAGAACUUCCAGGAGGCGCAGGGCCAUCUGAACCAGGCGGCUGCCGGGCUCAACCAGUCGGCCAACGAGCUGGUGCAGGCGUCUCGCGGGACUCCCCAAGACCUGGCCAAGGCCUCUGGCAAAUUUGGGCAGGAUUUCAACGAGUUCCUGCAGGCAGGAGUAGAGAUGGCCAGCCAGUCCCCGGUGAGCAUGUGCAGGCAGCUCGUUGCUGGGCUUGCAGCCCGGCCUGGGCAUAGGGCUGAGCAAUGGAGGCAGCAGGUGGGGGCUGGCGCUUGCACUGGUACCAUCACCACUGCAGAGCUGGAGACCCGGCUGGCUAGCAAGAUGGAGAGCGAGGAGACAGUGCGGGAGCUGCUGGAAAACCCCACACAGGCUGUGAACGACCUGUCCUACUUCAACUGCCUGGACAGCGUCAUGGAGAACUCCAAGGUGCUGGGCGAGUCGAUGGCUGGGAUCUCACAGCACGCCAAGAACAGCAAGCUGCCUGAGUUUGGGGACGCCAUCAGUGCCGCCUCCAAGGCACUCUGCGGGCUCACGGAGGCAGCAGCUCAGGCUGCCUACCUAGUGGGUGUGUCGGACCCCAACAGCCAGGCUGGACUGCAGGGCCUUGUGGACCCCACGCAGUUUGCCAGAGCCAACCACGCCAUCCAGGUGGCCUGCCAGAACCUGGUGGACCCGGCCUGCACCCAAUCCCAGGUGCUGUCAGCCGCCACCAUUGUAGCCAAGCACACCUCGGCCCUGUGCAAUGCCUGCCGCCUGGCCUCAUCCCGCACCGCCAACCCUGUGGCCAAGCGCCAGUUUGUGCAGUCCGCCAAGGAGGUGGCCAACAGCACCGCCAGCUUGGUCAAGACCAUCAAGGCACUGGAUGGAGCCUUUAAUGAGGAGAACCGGGAACGUUGCCGGGCGGCCACCGCCCCCCUCAUCGAGGCUGUGGACAACCUGACGGCUUUCGCCUCCAACCCGGAGUUUGCCACCGUCCCUGCCCAGAUCAGCCCUGAGGGGCGCCGAGCCAUGGAGCCCAUCAUCUCCUCAGCCAAGACUAUGCUGGAGAGCUCGGCCGGGCUCAUCCAGACGGCCCGUUCACUUGCUGUCAACCCCAGAGACCCGCCCCAGUGGUCAGUGCUGGCUGGGCACUCUCGCACCGUCUCCGACUCCAUCAAGAAGCUCAUCACGAACAUGAGAGACAAGGCACCGGGGCAGCAGGAGUGUGACGAGGCCAUCGAGGUGCUGAACAAGUGCAUGCGAGAUGUGGACCAGGCCUCCCUGGCUGCCAUCAGCCAACAGCUGGCCCCACGCGAGGACAUCUCCCAGGAGGCAUUGCACAACCAGAUGAUCACAGCCGUUCAGGAGAUCAGCAACCUCAUCGAGCCCAUGGCUGGUGCUGCCAGGGCUGAGGCCUCCCAGCUGGGACACAAGGUGUCACAGAUGGCUCAGUACUUCGAGCCGCUCACCCUGGCUGCCAUCGGCGCUGCCUCCAAGACUCCGAACCACCAGCAGCAGAUGAACCUCCUGGACCAAACCAAGACACUGGCUGAGUCGGCCCUACAGCUGCUCUACACAGCCAAGGAGGCUGGUGGCAACCCCAAGCAAGCCGCCCACACACAGGAGGCCCUGGAGGAGGCUGUGCAGAUGAUGAAGGAGGCUGUGGAGGACCUGACAACUACACUGAAUGAGGCUGCCAGUGCUGCUGGUGUAGUGGGCGGCAUGGUAGACUCCAUCACCCAGGCCAUCAACCAGCUGGACGAGGGGCCCAUGGGGGAGCCAGAAGGCACCUUUGUAGACUACCAGACCACCAUGGUCAAGACUGCCAAGGCCAUCGCUGUGACGGUGCAAGAGAUGGUCACCAAGUCCACAACCAGCCCUGACGAGCUGGGCACUCUGGCCAACCAGCUCACCAGCGAGUACGGGCAACUGGCACACCAGGCGAAGCCCGCCGCCCUCACUGCCGAGAACGAGGAGAUCGGCUUCCACAUCAAGAACCGGGUGCAGGAGCUGGGCCAUGGCUGCGCUGCACUGGUGACCAAGGCCGGAGCCCUGCAGUGCAGCCCCAGCGAUGCCUACACCAAGAAGGAACUGAUCGAGUGCGCCCGCAAAGUCUCCGAGAAGGUGUCCCAUGUGCUGGCAGCCCUGCAGGCUGGAAACCGUGGCACCCAGGCCUGCAUCACCGCCGCCAGUGCCGUCUCGGGCAUCAUCGCCGACCUCGACACCACCAUCAUGUUCGCCACUGCCGGCACCCUGAACCGGGAGAACGCUGAGACCUUUGCUGACCACAGGGAGGGCAUCCUGAAGACAGCCAAGGCACUGGUGGAGGACACCAAGGUACUGGUGCAGAAUGCCACGGCCAGCCAGGAGAAGCUGGCGCAGGCUGCCCAGUCCUCCGUGGCCACCAUCACCCGCCUGGCGGAGGUGGUGAAGCUGGGCGCCGCCAGCCUGGGCUCUGAAGACCCCGAGACCCAGGUGGUCCUGAUCAACGCAGUGAAAGACGUGGCCAAGGCGCUCGGGGACCUGAUCAGUGCAACCAAGGCAGCUGCCGGCAAAGCAGGAGAUGACCCUGCUGUCUAUCAGCUGAAGAACUCGGCCAAGGUCAUGGUCACCAACGUUACAUCCUUGCUGAAGACUGUGAAGGCCGUGGAGGACGAGGCCACAAAGGGGACACGGGCGCUAGAGGCCACAAUUGAGCACAUCCGCCAGGAGCUCGCGGUGUUCUCCUCCCACAUGCCUCCGGACAAGACCUCGACCCCUGAGGAUUUCAUCCGGAUGACCAAAGGCAUCACCUUGGCAACUGCCAAGGCCGUUGCUGCUGGCAACUCGUGCCGACAGGAGGAUGUGAUCGCCACGGCAAAUCUGAGCCGUCGUGCCAUCGCCGAUAUGCUGCGCGCCUGCAAGGAAGCCGCCUACCACCCGGAGGUGAGCAUGGACGUGCGGCAGCGGGCGCUGCGCUAUGGCAAGGAGUGCACCAAUGGCUACCUCGAGCUGCUGGAACACGUGCUGCUGAUCCUGCAGAAGCCGAGCCACGAGCUGAAGCAGCAGCUGGCAGGGUACUCCAAGCGCGUGGCCGGCUCCGUCACCGAGCUCAUCCAGGCUGCUGAGGCCAUGAAAGGCACCGAAUGGGUCGAUCCUGAGGACCCCACUGUCAUUGCCGAGAAUGAGCUGCUGGGGGCAGCUGCCGCCAUCGAGGCCGCAGCCAAGAAACUGGAGCAGCUGAAGCCAAGAGCCAAGCCCAAGCAGGCGGACGAGAGCCUGAACUUCGAGGAGCAGAUCCUGGAGGCCGCCAAGUCCAUCGCUGCUGCAACCAGUGCCCUGGUGAAGGCAGCCUCAGCCGCCCAGAGGGAGCUGGUGGCCCAAGGAAAGGUUGGCGCCAUCCCGGCUAACGCGGUGGAUGACGGCCAGUGGUCCCAGGGGCUCAUCUCAGCCGCCCGCAUGGUGGCAGCUGCCACCAACAACCUGUGCGAAGCGGCGAAUGCAGCGGUGCAGGGCCACGCCAGCGAGGAAAAGCUCAUCUCGUCCGCCAAGCAGGUGGCCGCCUCCACUGCCCAGCUCCUGGUAGCCUGCAAGGUCAAGGCUGACCAGGACUCAGAGGCCAUGAAGAGGCUGCAGGCUGCCGGCAAUGCUGUGAAAAGGGCGUCAGACAACCUGGUGAAGGCCGCCCAGAAGGCCGCCGCCUUCCAGGACCACGACGAGACAGUGGUGGUGAAGGAAAAGAUGGUGGGGGGCAUUGCGCAGAUCAUCGCGGCACAGGAAGAGAUGCUGCGGAAGGAGCGGGAGCUGGAGGAGGCACGGAAGAAGCUGGCCAUGAUCCGGCAGCAGCAGUACAAGUUCCUGCCCUCAGAGCUGCGGGAUGAGGGGCAGCACUGAGGGGCCACGCAAGCAGUGCCGCCCGCUCGCCCCCGCAGAGACUGCUGCCCUCUGCUCCUAUUUAAUAUGGCCCCAGCCUGGCUCGCACGGCGCCACCCCACGCUGCGGCCCAGGGCCUGCACCAGCACCACCUUCCCACGCCGGCCAGGGCUGCCCGCGCACACGCUUCCCCCUGCCCUGCGCACGGUGGGACCUGGCUGAGGUGGGAGUGCUGCCAGGCCAGGCUGGCACCCCCAGCCCCUGGUGCUGCCUCCUGCCUUGCCUUGCCCCCCUCCUGACCCCUGUCAGGUGCUUCCCUUGUGCCUUGGGCGGCCCCCUCUCAGGACUUGGGGCCCCAGCUGCCAGUGCCUUCCUGGCCUGGCCCUUGGCCUUUGGGUCUGCAGCACAGUGGAGCGUGUGGAGCUGGCAGAAGCUGUCCCCAUGCCUCCCUCUUGCACAGACCCACCCUCACCGCUGAUGCCUUACUGCCUGCUGCACCUUUUCCCACACUCCUGCGGGCACCGCAGCGGGGGGCCAGGGUGCCUUUGCCUGGGCUGUGAGGCCAGCCCCGGUUUGUAGUCCCUCCCCUACCUGCUGUGCCUUGUCCCGUGGGGCCACCCAGCCCUCCUGCAGCUUCUCGAGCCCAAGUGCCUGUGUUGAGAUUGCCAGUAUUUUUGUACCAUUGAACUCCAAAGUAUUGACCCGUGGCCUCACCCACCCCAGCACGGAUCCCAGUGACUAAGUGCCCAUGGCACCCUGCCCGGGCUGGGCCCCAGCUGCUCCCCGCACUUGCUGCGGCUUCUCCCCCUUUUUGAUACUCUGAGCUUCCAUAUUGCAGGUUGAGGAACUGGCUGCCCUGCCCCAGGGCCACAUCCCCUUGAACAAAACAGCAUCAAUAAAGCUGGUUUCCUGCUGCUGUAUG